AUGGGUGAUCACGAGACGUCGAUGCUGUUGGCACAGCUGCGCUCAGCAUCAACAUAUCCCGAGCAAACAGCUGCCCUGCGGUUGCUCAAGAAUGAAAUUGUCGGGCACACCCAGAAGAAGGAACUAUGGGUCGUAGCGGGCGUUCUCGAACCCAUCGUUCGAAUCCUCUCGGCCUCGAACCCUCCCAGCAAGCUUAACGGAAACGACGCGAGGUUUGGAACCAAUACCGCGAGGACGGUUACCGAAGAGGAAGAGGCGGUACGGCUCCAGGCAGUCCAGGCCUUGUCGACUAUAGCCAGUGGAGGCCCACCCUUUCUCCCACCUCUCUACGCGACCGGCGCUAUCUCCGCUAUUCUAGCGACCCUGUCGCCUUUCACGAAUUCGCCCUAUGUUGUAUACGCCUCUCUCCGAGCUCUGAGUGUGAUCGCCGACGCCGCGACGGUCGCCCCGCCAGGCUCGCCAUUCGAUCUUCAGGUCCUAGCCGACACAGCCAACUUGAUCAGUCGACUAUGCAGGGAUGCCAAUCACCGACUUGCGCUGUCCAAGGCCAAUGGCGUGUUAGAUGCCCUCGCCACCCGUCUUGCCAGUUUUGUUGUCGCGGAGGGUCUUGUGAUACCUGUGGCGGAGUGGGCGAGGAAGGGCGACGCUGACGUGCUGGAGCAUAUUCCAGCCCCGGCACCGAGUCAUGCCAAGAUUGGCCCGAUUCUCCAUGCCCUUGCUACCAUCAUCUCGGAUUCCCGGUACCGGGCGUUCAUGCUCCUCACAUCGCCUGCAAUCCUUGCCGUCCUUCCGGUUACCCAGUUCAUUCCAGCCCCCGCUGUGAGGGCCGCAUGGCAGUCAACCGGGCUUUCCGGCGUUCCAUCCGGCGAGUCUCUCAGCGCGAUGGACUAUCUCCUGCCACCCAUGCCAAUCCAACGAGGUGCUCGCCGGCCUCGGCGCAAGUCUGUGUCGGUCGAAAGCCGGGAGCGGAAAUCUGGAUUGGUAACUUCAACACAUGAGCAGGUGCACUCGGAGUCCUACGGACAGGUGGUGGAGUCCCAAUCCGGCGAGGGCGAGGUUCCGGAGAGCCCUCUAAUCCCAUAUUUAAUCUAUCUAAGUCGAUCUAGUGAUGACCUAGUGCGACUGAUGGCCAUCGCGGUGUUGACGCCCUUGGUCAAGGCAGACUUUGUUACCAAGCCCGGGAGAGAAACCAUGAUCGCCACAUUAAUUGUUCCUACACUAACCCAGCUUAUUCGAGACCACUUGGAGAAACAAUGUACCAAGGACUCGAGGUUUGUGGUCGAUGCUGCGACAAUGGAGACGUGGGAGAUUUUAGAGCUCGCCCCGGUCCUUUUGGCGAGGCUCAUUCUUGACCAUGAAGCUCUCCAACAAGCAGCUUUUGAUUGCAAGGCCAUCGAGACCUUGUCGAAGUUACUUCAGGAAGCCUACAAGCCAGCCAUCUCGACGCAGCCUAAAAUGUGGUCACCGAAUCCGGGUACCGGUAUGGACAUGGACGAGAGCUCGGCUGCUUGCAGGCUCGGACAGGCGGGCGCGUUGCCUCUACUCAUGCACCGUAUCAGGCUGCGCGAGAGUGCUUUAAAAGCCAUUGCAUCCUCAUUAGCCAAGGAAGAUUAUCGAAAAGCUUUUGUGGAGCUCGAUACUGUUCCCUACGUUAUCGAGUCGCUCUCACAGUACCCCGGGAAGCCUCUUCAAGCCAAAGAGCGUCCUCGACGCCAAGAAAAAUCGGAGGAGGAUGCGCCCGCGAUUCCGAAGCCCGGUUACGGAGAGAAUCCUACCCCCGUGAUUAUUGGGGCUUGUCAUGUUGUUCGCAUGUUGUCACGGUCGGUGAGCAUACUUAGGACGGCUCUUGUGGACUACGAGGUUUUCAUCCCCAUGCUCAAGUUCUUGCGGCACCCGAACGUAGAUGUACAGAUUGCAGCAACGGCGGUGAUGGCCAACCUUGUGACGGAUGUUAGUCCCAUGCGAGAGGCUCUGCUCGAUGAGGGUAUCAUGAGGAUCCUCUGCGAGCAUACACGUUCCUCGAAUCCUUCGUUGCGCCUCAACGCACUCUGGGCUCUCAAACACCUCGUCUAUGAGGUGGGUCCUUCUUUGAAGAAGGCAGUGGUUGAGGAGCUCACGACAGGCUUGCUCGUUCGUCUUAUCUGCGAUGAUACGGAAGAUAAGGCGCUUAUUUCUUCUCGUGGCGCUGGAGACAGCCCGUCCUUUGGCAGUGAGGUUGGCGAUAUGGAUGAAGAUGUUGAUAUGCAACAAUCUGAAGAACCAAAAGGAUUCGUCUUUGGGUCGACAACUACAGGGCCACCGCAGGACACGGGCCGCGGACGGAGCAGGUACAUGGAGGAUAAGCUUGCACGAUACCGCGAGUCCGAGUUGGACCCUGUGCGAAAAGCGAGAAACGAUGACCUCGCAAUCCAGGAGCAGGGCCUAGACCUUAUUCGCAACCUCAUCACGGGCACCCGCAACGAGGUCAUCGGCCAUAACACGCCCUCGGAGACCACGGAGAUGGUCGACUUUAUCUUCGCAGAGCUCGGGCAAGACCGCCUCUUCAACAUCCUCGAGGCCAAGCUGCGACCCAAAUAUAUCCGGCCUUUCUCCCGACGCAACUCUGGACGGCGCGAGUUGGCGCACGAGUCGAAGGUGAUAUACCCGCAGGCGAAGCUCAUCGAGAUCGUCAUCUACGUGCUCGUGCACAUCGCGGCGAGCGUGCCGCGACACAGGCAGCUCGUGAUUGCGCAGACAAAGAUGCUCAAGCAGCUCAGCGCGCACUUUAAUAACAAGGAGAAGGACGUGCGGUCGGCACUGUGCCAGUUGGUUACGAACCUUACGUGGCAGGACGACCAGGAUGACGCUACGGGGUGCAGCCAGAGGGCGCAGGAGCUGAAGAAGUUGGGGUUCCUGGCGAAGUUGGAGGCGCUUCAGGAUGAUGAUCCCGAGCUAGAUGUUAGGGAGAGGGCGAAAGGGGCUCUAUGGCAGAUGAAGAGGCCUUAUUGA